AUGCUUGCUCCAUCACCAUCAUUCAUUCCCUCCCCUCACCGUUCCUCCCCCCUCCUCACCCUCCCCCUCACCCUCCCCCUCCCCACUCCCCCACGAAAUUUCCCCCCCCGCUACUCCCCUUUCCUCUUCCCUGCUCCCCCUCCUGCUGCAACUCCGCCUCGUGCCGUUCCUCCCCAUGCCCCUGGUCCGUCUAUCAUAUCUUACUCCCCUCAUUCUUCCCCUUGUCACUCCGUUCACCAUGUCACCACUCAUCUGCUCCUGUCGCUCUCCGUGCCACAUCCGAUUCCCCUGAUGCAUCAGUACCUGUGGCUAGUGCUCUACAGCCAUGAUGCGAAUGGCAGAUUCAAUUCACUGUCCCACCCACCUCAUCCCUCUCUUCCUCCUACCUAUUUCCCUGUGUCUCUCCGAUUCGCAACUCAAAUCCUUCCCGUUUCUUUCUUCUCCCAUCACAAACAACGCCUUCUCUCCCCUGUUCUCCCUCCCUCGCACCACCCCUCAACCCCCCUGCGCCCCAUCGCUGAUCCUCUUCGGCAGUCGGGCGUGUCUAGUACUGGCAUCGUGGCCAUCGUGGGCGCUGUCGCUGCUGUCAUGCUGCUCGCUGCUGUCGUGUGGUGGCGCUGGGGGGGGCAGAAGCAGCAACCUGCGCGCACCAGCAGUAUGGACUUGGGUGGAAAGAAGGGAGGGAGUGGAGGGAGUGGUGGGGGGAGAGGGAGAGGGAGGUUGGGGGAGGAGAAGGAGGGGUGA